GUCCUACCACCAUGAACGAGAGCCUUAUCUCAGAGUACAAAGACACCAUCACCUCCAGAGGAUUGACUUACCACUACCUGUCCUUGCCAGCUGUGGGCGACAAGCCCACUCUGCUCUUCGUUCACGGGUUUCCCUCGACCUCAUAUGAUUGGUAUCAUCAGAUCAACUACUUCUCUGAGAGGGGAUUCGGAGUAGUAGCACCUGACAUGCUCGGAUACGGUGGCACGUCCAAACCCACUGAUGCGUCCUCCUUUCUACGCACCGCGAUCGCGCAAGACUUGCUUGAUAUUCUUGAUGCCGAGAAAGUCCAAAAAGUCGUAGCCGUUGGGCAUGACUGGGGCUCAACCGUGAUCUCCUUCCUGUCAAUAAAACACUCCGACCGGUUCUUGGGUUUUGCAUGGGCUACCGUCCCAUAUGACGUCCCAGCUGGCCCUUUCCCUGGGAUCGAUAUUAUUUUGGAACUGCAGACCAAGACAUAUGGCCGGCCGCUGCUGGGGUACUGGAAGUUUUUUGAGCAAGAACGUGCUCCCUUGAUUAUCGAGAAGAAUCUGGAAUCCUUCAUUUCCGUGCUUUAUUCGGAUGACCCAGAUGAUUGGUUGACUCUGAUGAAUCAGCCCGGAGAGAUACAGGCCUUUGUCGAAAGUGGAAAGACGACAAAGAGAGCUAGGUAUCUCACAAAAGAUCACCACUCACACUUGUUGGCGUCGCUAAGGAAAGGUGGCUUAACGAGUCCCCUGAACUGGUACCAGGCGGUGCUCAAGGGCGUCAAUGACCACAUUAUGGAUGAGAUACCAGAAGAAAAUCGGCUUAUCAGGAAACCCGCGUUCUUCGCGGUCGCGAAGAAAGACCACGUAUGCAUUUAUGAGUACGCGGUGCCACAGAUGGAGAAAUACGCUAAGGGUGGUCUCAAGAUGGUAGAGUUCCAGGGAGGACACUGGGUUCAGUUGGAGGAACCAGAAACAUUUAACAGAGAGCUUGAGGGUUGGAUUCGCGAUACGUUACAACAAAGUUGUUGAGGAAUGUCGGCGAGUGCCCACACACUAAGACCAGCCGAAUAACCACUUGCCCUGGCACUUAAUAUCGGUUGACGUGACAUUGGCUCGCCGUGAUCAUUUCAAUAUGUACGAGAGGAACCCGAGACAGUUACCUCUUGCAACUGCGGGCACUGUAGACAGCAUUCCGAAUUUCCCGCUACAUAAAUACCUUUUGUUAGUGGAUCGCAAUUGAAUGGCACGACUUGCUGAUUUCCAACGAAACAAAAUGUCAAAGUCAGUACGUGAACGCUGACAGUAACUUAAGCACAUGGAAAGGCGGGAAAAGUAUAGUGGAUGCUCGAAGAUACACGAUACCGCCCACAGAGGGAGAAGAGGCAAAGAGCCGCUUUCGAUUCCCUCACUGAUCACUUGCUGAGCGCUGAGCCUGUGACGAUGACGGGCGCAAAU